AAUCUGUCUCCAAAUGAAUGAGAGAAGGAAAAAUGCAAACAUUGUAGCAGAUGCUCACAUCUGUUUUAUGUCCUCGUACUUAUAGAGGAAAAGCCAAAAGACAACUCGUUGAUUGGUCUAAACCCAAAAGGAGGCGUGACUAGAAUGCAUACCCGACAGAAAAAGUAUAUUAGAGGUAAAUAGAGUGGAGUGAACAGCUACUUUUACACUCAGAAAAUCUUUUCAUUUCACGUCGCUAGGGAAGUGCUUUAAAUCAUUUCAACAAUACUUAAACGACCAGUAUGGAAUUUGUUGUCAGUUCUCGAGUGCCUUUUCUGUAUCUCCUCUUCAUCUUUCUUCACGUCUCUUCAGCUGUAGAUGCAAACAUCUCGAUCAUCGUUCCAAAGGGUCGGAGCCUGCCACUGUUUAAUGGUUCAUUAAUAGAAGAACACAAGAAGCAGAUUCAAAGCAGCAGUGUUGAAUUAGUGGUUCCUCUCAUCUGCCUCUUCUCCUUUACUGCCGGACUUCCCACCAACUCAUUUGCCCUCUGGGUGUUGCUCUUUCGCACCAAGAAGCUGCCGUCCACCAUUCUGCUGAUCAACCUCACCAUCUGUGAUAUAAUGCUUCUGCUGGUGCUCCCCUUCAGGAUCGUUUACCACUUUGUGGGCAACAAUUGGACUUUCGGAGAGCCGUUUUGUCGUGUUGUGGUUGGAUUCUUCUAUGGAAACAUGUACGGCUCAGUGGUUUGUCUGGCACUGAUUGCCUUGGAUCGCUAUAUAGCUCUGGUUCACCCUUUUGGUGCCAAAGUGCUCCGAAGUAAAAAGAACUCUGUCUAUAUGAGUGUGUUGGUCUGGAUAGUGGUUUUAGCAGCUGCUGUGCCCUUAUUAGCCUCAAAACAGACUCAUGAGAUAAAUAACCUAUCGAUAACAACCUGCCAUGAUGCACUGCCUGUUGAAGAGCAGGAAAAUUACUUUCUGCCAUAUUUUACCACUCUUUUCUCCCUUUGCUUUUUGCUUCCACUAUUAGUGGUGCUGUUCUGCUAUUCUGCAGUGUUACGGACACUUAUGGCUGAAGGGCAGCGUUUUGCCCAUGCGGUUAGAGUCACUGUGCUGAUGUUGAUUGUUUUUGUUGUUUUCUUGUUGCCUAGCAAUAUUCUCAUGCUGUGGCAUUAUUCUAAAUCAAGUUCGGUCAACAAUCUUUAUAUGCCGUACCUGAUCGCUUUGUCUCUCAGCACAUUCAACAGCUGCAUCGACCCUUUUAUUUUUUAUUACGUGUCUAAGGAUUUCCGAAAGAGGUCAUGGGAGGCUCUCAGGUGUUUGAAGUCUGAUUUAGAGUCUUCUUCAGAUUCUAGGACAAAGGUCACCUUACUUUCAAAGAUAAGCAAGACUGAAAGACCUUUAAAUGGGGAAUCAACUCAUUUGUGAUGCUAGGAUGACCAUUUCGAAAUACGUAAGUUAUCAGGUUAUUUCUUGAAUUUUAGGGGUAUUGAAGGACUGAAGGCCCACUCAUACCAAAGAUGAUAACUAUAACAAUUUAGAUAAAAAAUCUCUUAAUUGAAAAGGAUAGCACACCACAACUACAGUGCUCAGCAUAAAUGAGUACACCCCAUUUGAAAAUGAAUAUUUUCAUCCAUAUCUCAGUCAAUAUAUGCAAUUCAUUUUGGUGUAGUUAAACAAAACAGGUUUAUUAAACAGAUGUAUUUAUUAAAAUUAUAUUUUAGUCACCAAACAUAUUUAGAAAUUGAAAAAUAGUACAAUUAAAUUCAAGCAAAAUAUUGUAAAUAAAAUUGCAACCUACAAAAUAUCAACUAAAUUACAUUUUCAUGCUUCUCUUCAUUUUUUUAUAUUUUUCUACAACAAAAAUUUGCGUACUCUAGUUUUUGGACCGUUAUCGUAAGUUAUUUUGUUAGAUAAGCUCCAGAUUUAGCUUCAGUACUGCCUAAUCUAAUGUAUAUGCACAAAUGUAAUUAUGUAUAGCUUCCUGUUAAAAUAUCAAUUUAAAAGAGAGAUUUGUGAGGGGUGUACUUACACAUGCUGAGCACUGUAUUAUGAUAAUUAUAAAUAACUGUAUUAUAAUAGCCUGAUCUAACGAGGAAACGCAAAACAUAUUUUACGGUUUGUCACUUUAGUGGCUAAUUCGUACAAAUCCAUAAGAGUUUAGAGGUACGAAAAUGUACGAUUUUAAAAAGAGAGCGUGGCCCCCAACCUCGCCCGUAAACCCAACUGUCAUUGGGGAUAAUCAAAUCAAACUAAAUUGGACAAAUAAGAUCGUUUGAAUUCAAAUGAAUUAGCCACUAAAUCAAAAAGUUAUGAAUUGUUGUGAGAUAGUGUUGGUACUUACACAGUGGAAAAUGUUUGUUGGAAUCACAGUUUUUUUCAACUGGUGAAUACUAAAACAUUGCCAGUCAGUGACUAUGUUUACAUGGACAUUAGUAAAUGAAUUAUUUGCCUUAAUCUGACUAAGAAAAUAAUAUGAUUAAGGUGUUUAAUAAGUUGCUUAAAUGUCGUUUUCAUGAUCCCGUUUUACAUGUUAUAGCACAUAAUUCGAUUAACGUCAUUGUGUCACUACGCUAUUUACGUUUCCUCUGGAGUUUCAUGUAAUUUCGGUUGUUUCAUUUUUAAUUUGUCGACUUUAUCUGCAGUUUGGCACUUUCACAUUCAUUUAGAAACUUUUCAUGCAUGCCCCUCGUGACAAAAAGAUAUUGGAUGCGAGUAUAAACUGCUGGAAGAGUGUUGUUUUAAUGGAAUUUGAUACCGCACACUGUAUGGGAGAAAAAAACCCCCUCUGCAUUCCACGAUGCAGGUAUCUGUGUUCCUUUACUGACUUGGUAGGUGCAGAGAAUAGUGUCAAACAGCCAUGUGUGUAUGGAAUAUCCUGUCGCAAAAAUCUGUGAAAAUCCUACAUGAAGGUAAUAGUUUAAUUAAGGUGUUUACAUGCCUGUACCGCACUUCAUUAAUGCGACUAAAAACUCCACAUGUUUUAAUACGAUUUCUGUUUAGUUUGAUUAUUACAUCAAUCGGGUUAAUCAAAAAAAUCACUGUUUACAUGGUAGACUCUUAAUCAGAGUACUGUCUUAAUCGUACUAAAAUAGGAUUAUUAAUGUCCAUGUAAACAUAAUCACUGUUUAAUGUAACCUUGCAUAAAAAGUUCCAGCAUUUAAAGUUGCAGACUGCAAUGCAUGUUUAUAAUGUGCAAUAUUAUGUAAAGGUUUGGAUGCUAUACAGUAAUGCUUACAGAUCUAAAAUAUUGGGUUGUACUGUAUAUGGUCAAACCCACUCCUUGGGUUGAAUGUUUAAAAAUAUAUA